AUCUAUAAUGCGCCUGCGCAACCUCUCCCUCUCAGCUCCGCCCCGUGGGAGAUUUACGUCACGCGGAGCGGCUGCGUCACUCAAGCCUGGUGGGUGAGAAAAACGAGACAACACUCGUACGCAAAGGAGAAAGGGAAGGCCUUGCGCAUGCGCAUUGCGAAACACAGGCAGUGACAGGCGCCGCGGAGGGGCCAUGGCGGAGGAGCCCGCUGAGGAUGGCGGUGGUCCUGCGGCAGGAGGAGGAAGAGAUGCUGCUGCUACUGCUUCGUCUUCCUCCGCUCCGGAGACCCUCAGUGCUGGAGAGUACUCCCGUCGUGUACACCAAUGGCUUUGGGACUCCUACUGCGGCUACCUCAGCUGGCAGAGCAGCGGCCUGGCUGCCCUUAUGACGUCAACGACGGCGACUGCUCAGACCCCCGGCGCCUAUUACUACAAUAGCAGCGGCGGCGGCAGCAGCAACCCCUGCUACUACCUCCUCCUCGCGACCCCCGCCCCCGAGAGUGGCCCCGCCCCCUCCCGCGCGCCCUGGCAGCCCCCACCGCCCGCGCCCCCCCUCGCCCGGCACGCGCCCCCUGCCUCGCGCCCAGGCCACGCCCCCAGCAGCAACAGCAGCGCCGCCGCCGCCGCCUCUGGCUCCGCCCCCUCCUCCGCGAGGGACAGUGGCCGCCCGGCAGGUCGUGAAUAUAUUAUCCCAUCCUUGGCUCAUAGAUUUAUAGCAGAGAUGGUGGAUUUCUUUAUUCUCUUCCUUAUCAAGGCAACUAUAGUUCUGAGUAUUAUGCAUCUCAGUGGAAUAAAGGAUAUUUCCAAAUUUGCCAUGCACUACAUUAUAGAAGAAAUUGAUGAAGACACUUCCAUGGAAGACUUGCAGAAAAUGAUGGUAGUGGCCCUUGUCUACAGAUUGCUAGUCUGCUUCUAUGAGAUUAUAUGUAUUUGGGGAGCAGGUGGAGCAACACCUGGGAAAUUUUUGCUUGGUCUUCGAGUUGUAACAUGUGAUACAUCAGUACUUAUUGCACCAAGCCGUGUGUUAGUGAUUCCAUCUUCCAAUGUGAGCAUGACAACGUCUACAAUACGAGCUUUGAUCAAGAAUUUUUCUAUUGCUUCCUUUUUUCCUGCAUUCAUUACCCUGCUGUUUUUUCAGCAUAACCGAACAGCAUAUGAUAUUGUAGCAGGGACAAUUGUGGUAAAAAGACAUAGUGUCAGAUGAUAACCAAGAAAGGCUUGGAUUUACUGUGCUAACAUGCCGAUAACUACUUGGAUUUCUAAAUUUCACUCCAGAACAGUGGCAGUGAAGAUGCUGAACACAUAUCUCUUCCAGCCAUGCUAUAAAUUGGUGAAAGGGGGCACUGGUUUGAGAAUACCUUGAACUGAGCAAGAAGAUGAGCUCCUUUCAGAAGACUUGCUUUACAAUUACACUGUCUAUAGUGUGUGAGAAAUGCCAGUUUGGAUUCUGUAUUGAAAGGUAGUUGUUUUUAUGAAGAGCCAAACUGUUUUAAUUGCUGCAGGUAACCAAAGGGAUUGAUUACAGUGUUUGUAAAGUAAACUCUGGUACAAAGAGUUGUGUACUCCUGUUUUGAUGGACAGUGAAGAAUUUGCCACUUUAUAAAAGCCUUAUCAUGAACUGCUUACACAAGCAUUGUAUUAUUUCAAUACUCAAAUUUGUUUAUAAACAUUGUGUUAAAUGUCUUGCAUGAUGUGGAUAUCUUGAACGUAAUAUAAAUCACUGAUCAUGUCAGGUGUUAUCAUGAAAGACAAGCAAUACUGCUAUUGGUAAACACAUAAAUAUUGUUGGCUCUGGCAGUAAUGCUGUAGGUGAGACAAUUCAUUUAAUCAUGGCUUUAGAGGUUUCGUGAAUUGUUUGGCAUUCUUCCCUGUUGGCUUGCAUAGGCUUUCACAGAGAGAAUCUAUGCAGCAUUAUUUACUUUUCUUAUAAAAGCACAGAAAACUUAAAAUGCGUGCAAAAAAUUCACUUUCGUAUGUAUUUAAUGAGAGCCAAAAUAAGCUUGAUAAAAGCAGAAGUUUAUACAUAGCAUUUUACACCAGUUUAUAACAAAAUAAGUUUUUAAAAAACAGCCUAGUUUCACUGUUGCUAAAAUCAUACAGGGAAUUUGUGCAAGAUGUUUGAAAGACAAGUUAUCAGUAGGUAUACUUUCACUUCAUCUGGUUUUGUGUCUAGAUAACUGAAAUUAUACCAAUUAAAUAAAGCAUAUUUUGCAUGA